AUGUCAGUUAUAAAAGAUAGAGGGAUAGAGUUGUUUACACGUUUAAAUUUGGCUAAAGUAGAAGUAGAUAAAAGGGUUGCUACAUUUCAAGCACUAGACGAGAAUGGACAAAUUAUUAAAGGGAAGAAUUAUAAUCUCUUACAUAUUGGAGCUCCUUGUUCACCCGUUAGUGAAUUACGGAACCAUGCCCAACAAAAAGAAAAUAAUUUGACAGAUGCACAAGGAUUUGUUAAAGUUGAUCCAAAAACCCUACAAUCGCCCACAUAUAAAAAUAUCUUUGCAAUUGGGGACUGUGCAAAUACUCCAAAUGCAAAGACAGCGGCUGCCGUAUCAAGCCAAUUAAAAACACUUUUCCCAAAUUUACUCUCAGCUAUGGAAGGAAAUAAUUUAACAAAAUUUUAUGAUGGAUAUUCUUCCUGUCCUUUGCUAGUAGACAGAAAAAAUGUUAUUUUGGCAGAGUUUACACCUAAUGGCCCUCUUGAAACUUUUCCUUUUGACCAGAGCAAACCAAGAAGGUAA